CAGGGCAGUUAAAGCAGUCUCAAACUGGAUUAUUUCUGCAGUGUGUUUUGAACCACUGAUAGGCUGGGAAGGGAAGGCUUUGGAGUCAUCUGUUUCUCCUCACCGCGAAGGACAGAUCUCUGAAGUGCUUGUUCAAUCCAAGUCUCAUUUAAAGAUAAAAGAACCAUGAAGGGAUCUUGAAGUUGCUUGCAGUAAACACCUGGACAGCUGACUCAGCAGGCAUACUGCUCUGCUCUCACAAGAUGCUUAAAUUAUUACUUUAGAUAUUAAUUUAUUAAAUCUAAAUUCUGUGUAAUUAUUAAAAUCAUUUCCCAUUUUGCACUGUACAGUAUAUAGAAAUUAGCACAUACCAUUUUGUGAAAAUCUGUCCUCUUUACUGUGGUGUAAAUGGUCACUGCGCUUCUCACUCCUGUGCCAGAAUGCCUCCCCUCUGCCUUUAUUGACAGAACUCCAGCAUCAGAGGAGCAAGGGCAAUGCAAGUUUCCUUCCACUCUUGGUGAUGAGACACUAUGGCCUUUUGAAUGCUGUUUCAGGUACCAUAGAUUUGCAUCCUCAGUAAAGGUGUAAUGCAAAAUAUUGAGGAAUUGCAUGGCAUCUUAAAAACUAAAAAUGUUGUUCGUUUAAGUAAUGAAGUGUUUUGUUUUAAGUAUAAUGAACCAAUUCAGGUACUGGCAGAAGAACUUUGGUUCCUUGUGAGAUAUGAUCUGAAGUUUGGGAAAGACUGCUGUUCUUCUGUAAAAUCCUCAGGACGAUCUACACAUGCACUCUAAAGGCCCUUUGAAAGCUUAUCUCAUGGUUUCCAUUUGAGGAGAGAGGACUGGAUUUAGAAAACCAUGGAGCAGUACACAACAAACAGCAAUAGCUCAACAGAACAGAUAGUUGUGCAAGCUGGACAAAUUCAGCAACAGCAGCAGGGCGGUGUCACUGCUGUCCAGUUACAGACUGAGGCUCAGGUGGCAUCUGCCUCAGGCCAGCAAGUCCAGACCCUCCAGGUAGUACAGGGUCAACCACUGAUGGUACAAGUGAGUGGAGGCCAGCUGAUCACAUCAACUGGUCAGCCCAUUAUGGUGCAGGCAGUACCUGGGAGUCAAGGUCAGACCAUUAUGCAAGUCCCAGUUUCAGGAUCACAAGGACUUCAGCAGAUCCAGUUGGUCCAACCUGGUCAGAUUCAGAUCCAGGGUGGUCAAGCUGUGCAGGUUCAAGGUCAGCAGGGCCAAACACAGCAGAUCAUCAUUCAGCAGCCACAGACUGCAGUUACUGCUGGACAGACACAGACCCAGCCACAAAUUGCAGUUCAGGGACAGCAGGUAGCCCAGACCGCAGAGGGCCAGACGAUUGUCUAUCAACCAGUGAAUGCUGAUGGAACAAUUCUCCAACAAGUUACAGUCCCUGUUACAGGCAUGAUCACCAUUCCAGCAGCCAGUUUGGCUGGAGCACAAAUAGUUCAGACUGGCGCCAAUACCAACACAACCAGCAGUGGACAAGGGACGGUAACUGUGACGCUGCCUGUUGCUGGAAAUGUGGUUAAUUCUGGUGGGAUGGUCAUGAUGGUUCCGGGUGCUGGAUCAGUGCCAGCUAUUCAGAGGAUACCUUUGCCUGGAGCAGAAAUGCUCGAAGAGGAGCCCUUGUAUGUGAAUGCUAAGCAGUACCACCGGAUUCUGAAGAGGAGGCAAGCAAGAGCCAAGCUGGAAGCAGAAGGGAAAAUUCCUAAAGAGAGGAGGAAGUACCUGCAUGAGUCUCGGCAUAGGCAUGCUAUGGCAAGAAAGCGGGGAGAAGGUGGACGUUUCUUUUCUCCAAAAGAAAAGGAAAUGCAGGAUCCUGGCCAGGCAAAUGAAGAAGCAAUGACACAGAUGAUCAGAGUAUCCUAACAGCCAGCUAAACAUCUGGACAAAUACCUUUUGUCUCUGCAACUGUUCCCUAUCCUACCUAUCAAACAGACUUCUAAAUGGGAAAAUUUGCCAUCUACUCAGCCUGUUCUUUUUCAGAACAAAUACUACACUCAGUGAGUGGAUCAUCUUAGGUUUUUAACUGCAGUGGUAUCAGCCAAUGGAAAUGACUGUGAACGUUGGUUCUCUACUCACCCAGGUCAGACCAGGGAGCUGAAAAUUCUGCUUCAACAUACCUUUAAUAUCUUUGACAGUAACAGUGGACCAGCUUGAACUGCCACUGUCUCAGCAAUAACUGGCACAAAAUAGGGCUAGCUACAGCAUUUACAAGCCAUGGUUCUUCAAACCCAGAGGAAAUGCUAAUGCUUGGAGCAGCCAGAGCUGGCAUUGUUUUGUUUUCUCAAUGUAACCUUUUUAGUCUCAGCCUUCAUGUCUUCUGACAGCAAGCGUCUCACUACAGAAGCAUCUACUCAGAUAAAACUCUUGACAUUGAACAUUUUUUAGGAAAUACUGCCCAGUCCUGGUCAUCAGAUAUCCAUCUAGUACAGUAUACACAUUCUGAAGGAUAGCUGGGGGAUUGCCAUGGGAGUGGUCAUUGGUGGAGAGAACAGGCUGGUGUUGAAGCUCAUAAUGCAUGCAGUAGCUGAAAUGGUGGUUCUUGUCAUAGAACUACUGGCUUGCUCUUCCCAUAAGCUAGUGAAUUAUUUGCAGGUAGGCAAAGUGGUCCUGUCCUUGGCACAGUUGUCUUCUCCAGGGUAGGAGGAUUAGACAUAGUUUUGUGAGCAUUGGUUAAGAUGUUAGAUCCGCAUAAUUGCCUAAACCAAACCAUUCAUUAUUAUAUCCCGCUGUAACUCAGACAGCUGUGUACCCAAGAAUUAAUGUGGACUCUUUUCCUCUUUGAUAUUUAAUAUUUGUAAAUUGGGCACUUAACAGUUCUGUAGCUGUCAUUUUCUGAUAUGAACGUCACUUUGUCCUCUCCCUCUUGUGUCUGCCCCUCAUGUUUUUUAUCAGCUGGGUGAUUAAGCACUAUGUAGCUUUUGCUUUUUUUCUAGUCUUGUUUGAUAAUUCAAAAAUUUGGAUCUGGAAAUCAUUCUUGCAAGCCUCACCUUGCUGCCUUUUUCACAUUUGCACUAUUCAUUUAGGUCAUCCAGCUGCCACUGUGUUCUACUGUUAUUUAUUCAUAUAUCUAUGUUUAAGUCUGCAUCAUUUACCAGCAUUGAGAGGGAAAGGUAAUUGGAGGAGGCCCAUCACUUGAAAGAUGAUUCAAGCAGUAGCAAGAAAGGUGCUGUCUGGAUAUUGAGCAUUUAGUUUUUAACAGGGGUCUUGUGAGUUCAGAAGAGAAAUCACUGUUUGGCAAUAGCUCUUUCCAAUGAGGGAGGAGGAAUUAAUUCAUCACAUGACCUUGCCAUGGCUUGGAGAAGAACACCUUCAUAAGAUUCAUUUUUCAUUACUUAAAAUUAACAGUUCUGAUGGAAGGAAUUGAGAGAGAAAAUGUUUUGUGUUAGUGAAAAACCUAGACAAUAGCUGAAGGGUCAAUAGAAUGAGUUUGAUGAAAACACCAUAAAAAUCCGUGAAGAAGAGUUUUAAACCGUUUAUGGUCAUCUAGAGUGCCAGUGCCCUAACUUAAGCUGAAAGAGUGAAUGAAGAAUAUUGUUUCAUUUUGCAUCAACUACCCGUGUGAUUUUUACAAUUACAUAAAGGCUGUGUUUGUAAUUUAAAAAAAAAUAAAUCUCUACUAGCCUUUCAAUUCACUCCAGCAACUUCAGCAUCCUAGGUGCCUUUAGUUACCAUUGUGGCAUUCUUCACCUGACUACUUCAAUACCUUACAGCACUUCUCACUGGAUUUUACAAUAAAUAUCCAAUGCAGGCUUUAAGUAACUGUAUUUGUGAAGGAACAAUGAAAGCUUUUGAGGGGGGAUUAUUGUUUUUCAGAAUUGCUGUAAAUAUUUAAAGCAUUGGUAUAUGUUCUGAAAUAGUGAUAUGCAUGGUGAGGGGGAAAUACUUCAUAGUCUGGAUUCCAGAUGUUUUUUCAUAGUUUUCCUUUUCAGUUGUUAGUUUUAUAACUGCUAACAGGGAUAUUGAGGGAAUCAAGGUUCUCUAAUUCUUUGUGUGUAUAAAAUCAUAAAGACAUUUACAACUUAACAACCUAGUUGUCACUAUUUUCCCCACAUUAAAAAUUAAAUUGUUUUUGUGAUACUUAUAUGUAGAUGACGCAGACAGCUAUUUAAUUUUUGGUCUCUAGAGAAUUCAUGUAGUCAGGUUUUUCUGUAAUGGUGUAAAAUGACCGAAUAGGAUCUAUUAUACCAGUGGUUUAGACUUCAUGGUGUAAGUCAAACUUAUUUUGAAAUAUUAGUUAAUAUUGGACGACUUAAACUAGAACAUGUCACAAAAUGAUCAGUUCCUGAAUAAAAAUUAAAGUGGUAGUUAUACCAAAUGCAAGUUCUUAAUUAGAAGUAAAUAUUCAGACAAUAAUACAAUUGAGGAUAGACCUGUAAUACGUUUGAAAAAAAGAUACAAAUUCUUCUAUUGACCUAAAAAGCACUAGAACAUUGAGCCUAUGUAAAGCAGUGUGACACUUAAUGGGGUGGAGUAGCAAACUCCAAUAUUAAACUUUUUUGAAAUAUUUUGCAUGUGAAACUUCUUGGGCUGGGUGCAUUGAUAUUUGUGAAAUUGUAAGGAAAGGUUUGUACAUAGUUCAAAAGUUUAUAAUUUUUUAUGCUGCAUUUUGAAGUGUAUUUUGUCUUUAAUAGAUACAACUGUAAGUACUGUGUACACUAUCCAGCCAAUAAAAUGUUUGUAAAAUAUA